AUGCUCGGGACAUCUUUGCCGAAUUUGGCAUUUCUCGUCCGUCGGGAUGGCUUUCUGACGACGAAGAAGAGGAUUUUUCGCGUCACCGAGACGGAACAAACAGUAUUCCCAGGCAUGUACUCAAUACGUGCCAUUCCUGCGGCGCAGAGCGAAAUCCCAGACGACGGCUCAACCGACUUCGAGCGUACAGAGAGUACGCAUCAAAAUGCUGCAUUCAGCAAGCAUCACACUUCGAAACUGAAAGAGGAGCAUAUUCGAUCUUCGUCCAGUCUGGAAGCUACAGAGACAUCGAAGAAGAACCAAAGGGCCACGGCCACCUCGAUUAAUCUCAACGAAAAUCCCUUCAUACUAGCAGAUAGGAUGACGAAGAUCACCACAGCCGAACCUCAGAUCACUGACAUGACGGUUCGCGCUGGACAAGCAUCAAGGCUCUCUGAUUGUGUUUCCAAACGGACGGACCUGAACAUUGCGGAGACGCAGGGAGAUUAUGGGAAUCCUAGAUGCAAUGCUACCCAUGCCGGGCACCAUCCGGGCCGUCACAGUAUUGCAUGCAUCGUGGAGCAGCAAAGCUCAUUGGACAUGGAUGACUCGGAGCCGCUGCGGCCUCAUUUGCCGUUGACAGACCCCGUUCAAAACAAUAUUGACAAAUUGUACCACCGCGCUGAAGAUCUCAGACGCGCACAGCACAUCAUGGAGCACCUUGCUACUGGCUCUACCGGGAUUACAACAAGCAUGCAGACCUCUCAAAAUACGAUAAUACCGACUCCCUCUGAACAGCAGAUGCCGUCUCGAACCGAAGGUUAUGAUUUCAAUCGCGCCAACUUAAUCAGCUUUGAUACGGUUAUGGCCGAAAAUAGCGAGAGCGCUAGGGCUUAG